AUGAUGACCACGCAUGUCAUGCCGGUGACAGCCCAGCAAGGUAAGCUGAGUGGGACUCCGCACUUGUGGAUCAACUCGGUUGGCGAUGCUGACCUCAUCAAGAUGAGCGGAAACGCUAUGAGUUUGCCAUGUGCUUCUGCCGAGAAUCAGAUUCUGCAAGCCAAUGUUUUGGUCCUGCAAUUCCAGAAGGCGAGCGAGGGUCUUCCAGUCUUGACAGACUGGCUGAGGAACGCUGGAGAUUUCUGGGCGGUUGGCUUUGAGGCUUGGCGUGAGCCAAUUGAGGUUCGGCCAGUAGAUGAUGCUGUGUUGGGGGCUGCCAUGAGGCCAAGAUGCUUAGUGCCGACCAAGGGCAUCAGCAGGGCAAGCAUCAUUUUGUUUGGGGUUUGCUAUACCUACAGCAACCUACGCAACUCAAUGGAGAGUGAAGAAACUCAGGAUUUUGUAAGGUUCUUGGCAACAUUGCAACGCAUCCCGCUGGUCUUGAUGGAAUGUCCUGGGCAUUCGCUGUCAAUGUUCAGCUUCAGGAGAAUCCAGCUGACAGAGCAACAGACUGAGAAGCAGCGUAAGAACUUGUUGCAGAAAUGUCUCAUCUUCACUCAGAGAGCCCGUGAGCUCCAAGCCGAAGCGGGUGUCUGCGACGAAGCCUGGUCGAUGAUCGAGAAGCACCUGCAUCGAUACCGCUUUGCAGAGUCAGCCUUCCACAUCAACACCAUAAACCUUCCACAAUGGCUGGUGGGUUCUGCGCCAACUUCGGGAUGCAAUGCAUUAUGGCACUCCAUUCUGACUGUCUCUCCGGAGAAGCAGGUGCUCUUCUUGCGAAGAGUCUUCUUCAUGCACGAACGCGCUGUUCAGCGAAAAGCGAAAGCAACAGCUGUGCGAAUACCAACCCUUGAACGCAUGUGCCUCAUGCAGCACGUGCUUCAAGAGAUGCGCCUCGCUGUUCAUGACAAUGGCACACCAGUCUUCGAGCCUGACAUGAUCCAGAAAUCAGAGAAGCGAGCUCUGGAUGGGGACUACUCUUCUGAACUUUCGGAACAACUGCUGCUCAAAGAUGGCACCUUCCAGCCACAUCUCAUGACCCUCUGGAGUGAGAACUUGCCAGCUAUGAUCAACGAAUGUCCUGAGAAAAGCUUUGUAGCAGUCGAUGAAGAAAUCAACAAGCUGGACAACAAUGCCAGGGAUGCGCACUUUCGACAGGAUUGCUUGAAAUUGACCCGGGACUGCGCUACAUUGGGUCUGCUCUACAAGAGUGAGGCCAAGCAUGAGAGAGCUGUGAAAGUCCAGAAGGUCAGCCACUUGAAGGCGCAAAACACAACUGGUGCCAACUUCAUCAAGGGGUUCAUGUGCGCCAACCACAAACAUGUUGCUGGGCGUGUUGGUGAAUUGGAAGCUGCCAUGGAUGAGUUCGUCAGUGCGCUGCUGAAACUUGAGCGCUUUAAGAAGGGAGCGCUGAUCGUUUGGGUUGACUUUACCAAAUUUGGAAGGGUCUGCAACAACGACCUCAACGACACUUUGGAUGUUCUUCAGACCACUAUUUCACGACUCCCAGAGCGCGCCUGCGCCUUCAUUGUGGGCCCACAUCUCAUUUCUGAGAAGGUGCAGAACGGCCUGCGUAUUGAAGACAAGCUUGAUGCUUUGGGGAUCUAUUCGGAGAUGGUCAUGCUCAGAAUGAGUGAACCUCCUGGUCAGAAACAUGUUCCACUUCAAUUCCCUGCAUGGAUUUGCAUGGAUGAAGGGAGCCGGGACCAGAAUUGGUUCAAGGGGUGUCAGCUGAUGUUGGACAGGUGCACCCGGCAAAGCCUUCCGUGGACUCCGGAAAGCGCAUACGUGGUUCCUGCAAUCGCAAAGGAUGCUCCGCCAACUUCAGCCGAGAUCAGGUCGCUUUCUCAAUGCCAAGAAAGUGCCCAACUACUGUGCGGGCACCAGUUGCCAGAGCAGGUCUUGAAUGCUCUCAUUGGCAAGACUGAUAUAUGUGGUUGUGUGGGUGUUGUGAACCUCUCGCCAUACGACACAUGGCUUGAACGCUCCUGUUUGAAGUGGGGGAAGAAGUCUGGUGGUGAGAUCAUUAUGCCCACUCUCUCCCUGUCGAAGAACUUGACGGUUCUGUCCUACAGCGAGCGAAGCUUUGCACUCCAGCUCAUGCAGGACUGUCACGAGCUACCUUGGAAUGAAAUGCAGAAAAAGAUCAGUUUGACAAGCAGUCCAUCCAUGUUCGUCCAGGAUUGGAAGAAUGGCAGCCACUUCAUGGGUUCCGCUGCCCCAAAGUACGAACCCGAAGCACCACCAGCUGAAAGCAUUGAUAUCAGCAAGUUCCCACUCCAGGUGGUGAGGCUGGAGCGGAACCCCAGUGAGAGCCAUGGGUGGAAGAAAUGGAAGAUCACAUUGCCUCAGUCUUUUCGUAUGUUCUGGCUUGAUGAUGUGGUCUACUCUCCAGAGUGGAGAGAGCUGAUUUCAGACUUUGACAACAAGCUACUAGACAUAAUUGUUGAUCGCUUCAUGUCACAACAGAUUCAGCUGUCAAGACAAAUACAUUCAACUUCUUGGCUUUGGCUUAGAAGUCCACACCCUUUUCCUCACUUCUCAGGUUCACUUUCUCAAGCCGACCCGGCGACAGCGUCGAUGGUUCAAGCGAAGUCGCUCUCCCAACAGCCACUCCACCUCGCACUCCUUGGGAGCGAGAACCCAGCACCAUUGACGAGCUGGUUGAAACUUAGCAUAUUAUCUUAG